AUGCGAGGAAGAAGCUGCAGCUUUGCUGCUGCUGCUGCUACUGCUCUUGCAGUCAACAGAGUGCAGCAGCAACAGGUUACCGGAGCAGCAGCUGCUGCUGCUGCAGUGGCUGCAGCAGCAUCAAACUGUGAUUGCUGCUUAAGCCGCACCCCUGCCACGGCUCCUGCUGCCCCUUCCUCCUACGUGCCGGCUGCGGCUUGCUGCUGCUGUUGCUGCUGCUGCUGCCUUUGCUGCUGCUGCUGCUGCAGGGACAUACGACCCCCUGCCCCUCUGAGAAACGCCAUCUCCAAUAAGCACUGUUUCCACUUCGGCUGCAACAGCAGCAGCAGCAACAGCAGCAGCAUCAGCACAAAGAUUGAGACAGGAACAGCACCAGGAGCCGCAGCCACAGCAGAACGCAGCAGCUCGACAAGCAGCACCGACAGCUGCAGCAGCAGCAGCAAAAGGACUAGGAUUAGCAGCCGUUGCAGAAGCAGUAGUUGUAACAGCAGCAGCAGCAGCAGCGACAUGAAGGCUGCAGCACAAAGACCACGAGCAGCCCCCCCAGCAGAAGCAGCAGCUGGCCCCACAACAGCACCAGCAGUAGCAGCCGCAAGACGCCCAGUCUUCUUGCAGCAGCAGCAGCAGCAGACACGGCAGCAACAGCAGCAGCAGCAGAAGCGGCAGCAGCAGCAGCAGCAGCAGGGCUGA